UUUGUAUGUGAAAGUGAAUCAUUUCUUCAAAGUAUGUGUGUUGUUAAAGAAUUCAAUUAAUUUUGUUUUCGAUUCUAUUUUUUGUUUGUUUUUUUUUAUUGUAAAAUAAUUUCCAAAAUAUAUAUAAAAAAAAAUUCAUACGCUAAUCAUUAACGCCGAUUUGCCGAUAUGUGUUCAUUGGCGGCGCGCAAAAGCGGAAAUUGUGACGACUGCAAGCCUGUGCGGCCACGCAGUCAUAAAACUUGCAGUGACAAAGUGAAAAUUGCUCGCGGAAAUUUGCAAAUAAAUGAGAAAAUUUGGCUGACAAUCCUGCUGCUGGCAGCGUGUUGGCUACAAACCAAUUUGGCCAUUGACGAUGAAGAAGAUGGUCCGUACCGUGGAAGAUAUUUAGGCAAAAUCAAUUCAUAUCAUCACCAGGUAUCCGGCGAUGUGUAUGCUGUAAAUGAGUAUACCUUUCUGAUAAUCGGUUUUAAUUAUGACGGUAAUGGUGCGGACACAUUCUUUUGGGCUGGCGCUUCCAAUCGCCCCGGUCCGCAGGGUUUCAUUGUGCCAGAUGAAUACGGCAAAACUAAUAUACUGGAUCGUUAUCACAACAAAGAUUUCACGCUAACACUGCCCGAUCGAAAGAAGAUAACCGAAAUCAAAUGGUUAGCCGUUUACGAUCUGAACAAUCAGAAUAAUUUCGGCGAUGUUUAUAUACCGGAAGAAUUUGAACCGCCACGUGCACAGGCGGGCGGUACAUUCUCUCGUCGCAGUCACAAUGUCAGUAGCAGUGCGAUCGAGAUGCUCGACUCGAAGACGAUACGCAUUAAAGAUUUCACCUACGAUGGUUUGGGUAAGCGUACAUUCUUUUGGACCGGUGUGGGCGCCCAACCGUCCAGUCGCGGCAGUAAGAUACCCGACGAAAUGGGAUACUUGGAUCCCAUACGGAAAUAUGAUAAAGAGACUAUCACAUUAGAGUUACCCGGUGAUAAGACGAUUUUUGACAUCGAUUGGAUUAGUAUUUACGAUUUAGCUGAUAAUGAGAAUUUUGGACAUGUUUUAAUAGCCGACAAUCUCAAUGUGCCACCAUCGUUAGUGAAGAUAACGCCAUAUGAAUUCUCGCUGCCAAAUUGUCGACAAUUGCAUAAGAAUUUGCAAGUAUCAUGGGAGGUGUUCGGCCCACAAAUAACCUUACAGCUAUCCGGUCAGGUGGAAAAGAAUGACUACAUGUCCUUUGGUUUAUCCGGUUCGGAGACAUCAAGCCAAAUGAUUGGCGCCGAUGUGGUUGUAGCAUAUAUCGAUGAUAUACGCGGCUAUUCGGUAGAUUACAAUAUUACUUCUUUGGCGCCGUGCGUUCAAGUGUUGGGUCAAAAUAAGGGUGUUUGUCGCGAUGAUGUAGUCGGCGGUUUGGACAGUUUUCAACUUAAUACUUAUAGCCGUAAGGAUGGUAUAAAUACAAUCACUUUUCGACGAACGCUGAUAUCAUCGGAUCCGGGUGAUAAAGAAAUACGACUGGACAAAAGUAAUUAUGUGGUAUGGGCCUUAGGACAGUUGGAUUCAAAUUCAGAACCGGCAUUUCAUUUUGUAUAUCCCAAAAGUGAUAUACUCAUCGAUUUCAAUACAACUGAGCCGGUAAAUGAUUGCUUCAGCUUUACAAAACUUCCCGAGACACCUAUACAAAUAUGGGAGCGUGUACGCUUACAUGAUCCCACUUUGCGUACAUUUAAUGCGUAUCUUGGACCUUCGGGAGGUUUACGUGGUUACCAAGGGAUUACUGGACACGUUUCUAGUGGCCUAGCUUGGUACAUUAACGGAUAUAUGACGCCUGAGCUGUAUUUGAAGCGUGGACUUACUUACGCCUUCAAGGUACGCGGUGGCAACAAUCCACAUUCGCCAGAACAUUAUCAUCCAAUGGUUAUAACUGAUGAACCUCAUGGUGGUUACGAUCGUCUGAGCGAUGCGAAACAAAGUGAAAUUCGUGUACUUGCCGGUGUUGAAUUCACACGACGCGGUCGCCCCAAACCUACUGCAGCCGGCCCGUUAUGCCUCUCCAAAUACCCGCUCAGUUAUGAUCGUCGUUUGGAUGAUAAUUUUCCAAGUUUCAAGAAAUUCAAUCGUUCACUGCUAAGUAUUUGCCCUAAUGAAGAGCCAGCUACUUUGGAAAUCACACCGAAUAUUACAUGGCCAGAUACUGUAUACUAUAACAGUUUCACACACGCCAACAUGGGUUGGAAAAUUCAUAUUAUUGAUAGUUUUACAAAUAUCCGAAAUGGUGCACUUUCAAAUGCCGUUAUGCUGCCCACUAAAUUGGUGUUAACACUAUUGUGUUUGAAAUUUGGCAUCCAAUUAAUAUACGAUCAAUACUAAAAGAGCAUAAAUAUCGAACGCUCUGUGUGAGAUACCCCGAUAAGGGCAGUUUUUAAACGAGCCGUGCGUUCGUGCUACAUAAAUAUUAAAGGCCUUUUCACACUAAAUGACUGACUGAUUUCAAUGUAUUUAAUAAUUUCACUCAUUAUGCAUAAAACUAGACAGCGAUAUAUACAUAUUUGUGUGAUUACAUAUGCAUAUUUCUGUGUUUAUUCAUACAACUAGGGAAUAUACGAUAUUCAUGUUAACUUUGUAUAAAUCCUUAACAACAAUUUCGCAGGGUCUUAUUGUAAAAGUCACAAUGUAUUGUAGUUUAGCGCAUUUAUAUGCAAAUAAAAGAACUAUUGAUAACUAUA